AGGAUUUCUUCCACUAGAAGCAAGAUGGCUGAACUUAAUACACAUGUGAAUGUCAAGGAAAAGAUUUAUGCAGUUCGAUCAGUUGUUCCCAAUAAAAGCAAUAAUGAAAUAGUCCUGGUGCUACAACAGUUUGAUUUCAAUGUGGAUAAAGCAGUACAAGCCUUCGUGGAUGGUAGUGCAAUUCAAGUUCUAAAAGAAUGGAAUAUGACAGGAAAAAAGAAGAACAAUAAAAGAAAAAGAAGCAAGUCCAAGCAGCAUCAAGGUAACAAAGAAGCUAAAGACAAAGGAGAGAGGCAAGAAGCCAUGCCCACACCGCCACAGCCGCCACAGAUCCAGAAUGGCCUCGUGCACAGCUGUGAGAAGGACAGCUCGUCCACAGACUCUGCCAGUGAGAAACCCACCAUGCUCCCACGUGAAAAAAAGAUCUCAAUACUCGAGGACCCUUCAAAGACACUCCGUGGGGUUGCAGAAGGCAACAGACCACUGCAGCUGAAACUAUCCUUAGAUGGGAAUCCCAAACCUAUACUUGGAACAGCAGAGAGGUCAGAUGGCCUACAGUGGUCAGCUGAGCAGCCUUGUAACCCCAGCAAGCCUAAGGCAAAAACAUCUCCUGUUAAGUCCAAUGUCCCUGCAGCUCAUCUUGAAAUAAAGCCAGAUGAGUUGGCAAAGAAAAGAGGCCCAAAUAUUGAGAAAUCAGUGAAGGAUUUGCAACGCUGCACUGUUUCUCUAACCAGAUACCGUGUCAUGAUCAAAGAGGAAGUGGAUAGUUCAGUGAAGAAGAUCAAAGCUGCCUUUGCUGAAUUACACAACUGCAUCAUUGACAAAGAAGUUUCAUUAAUGGCAGAAAUGGAUAAAGUUAAAGAAGAAGCCAUGGAAAUUCUGACUGCUCGGCAGAAGAAAGCAGAAGAACUGAAGAGACUGGCUGAUCUGGCCAGUCAGAUGGCAGAGAUGCAGCUGGCCGAACUCAGGGCAGAAAUUAAGCACUUUGUGAGCGAGCGUAAAUAUGACGAAGAGCUCGGGAAAGCUGCCCGAUUCUCCUGUGACAUUGAACAGCUCAAGGCCCAAAUCAUGCUCUGCGGAGAAAUUACACAUCCAAAGAACAAUUACUCCUCAAGAACUCCCUGCAGCUCCCUGCUGCCUCUGCUGAACUCUCACACAGCAGCCUUGGGGAAACAGAGCAGCUUUUCCCGCAAACCGCCCAGUCACAAGCCCUCCGAGGGGAAAGCUGCAAACCCGAAAAUGACGAGCAGUCUCCCCAACACCACCGACACCUCUCACCAGACCAUGCCGACCAGCAAGCAGAAUGGAUCUUCUAGCCAAAGACGAAGAUUUAAUCCACAGUACCAUAACAACCGACUAAAUGGGUCGGCCAAGUCCCAGGGCAGUGGGAACGAAGCUGAUCCCAUGAUGAAAGGCAACAACCGCCACGAACACAGAAGACAGCCCCACAACGGCUUCCGUCCCAAAAACAAAGGUGGCCCCAAAAACCAGGAGGCUCCCUUGGGUCCAAAGAGCCCUGAGGCCCCAGCCCAUUCAGAAAAGCCCCGGCGAAGGCAGCACCUUGCAGACCACUCAGAGGCCAGGCCUUUCCGGGGUACCGUCUCCCGGGUCCCACAGUGCAACCUGUGCCCCACGAGAAUAGAAGUCUCUGACGCGGCGGUCCUCUCGGUCCCAGCCGUGACGCUGGUGGCCUGAGCCGGCAGAGAGCAAAGCGGUUCCCACUCAGUUCUGGUUCCCCGCCCGAGGUGCUGACCCAAUUCGCUGCCAAAAGAGAGUCGCUCGGAACAUACCAACCCGUGUGGUUGCGUCAUCCUCUCUUACUCAUUUUUACUAAUUCUAAUAAUCAGCGCUAGCUUGCUUCAUAGCGUUCAUGGCUUUGCUUGAUCUGUUGAUGCAUUUCCUCGUGAAGACAUUGCAGCAUUUUAGCCAGGCAGUAUUUACUCGUUCGUUAGGAAAAUCAAGAUGUGGCUGAAGACCAGAGGCUCAGUAGCAACCUGUUGUAGCGUGAUGUCAGUCCCAUUGGUCGUGUUUAGAGAGUUAAUGUUGCAAAAGAAAAAAGUUUUUAAAAAAAUUCUUAAUGAUUAGACAAACAUGAUCUGCUGAAGACACAUGCGCUUUUGUAGAAUUUAACAUUUGUUUUUUCUGAAAAAAAAAUAUAUAUAUACAUAUAUUGCUUUAUUUGAAACAAAUUAAAAUAUGCUGCAUUUGA